AUGGAUCAACACCAGCGUUUGAUCGAGCCAGAAGACGCAGGAGUGGUCGAUGUCCCAGACACAACUCAGAACUCAUCUUCUCCUCUUUGUCUCAUGGAUCUACCAGUCGAAGUGCGAAUGAUAAUCUUGCGCUAUUUGCUGAAAGGCAGCUUCGAAGACUGUCACAACGGAUUUCUAUUCGAGAUUCCGACCUGGCUACUUGACUCUUCGGGUCAACUGAGAAUGUUGGAAUACUUUGACUACGAGGACUACCUACGUCGACCAUCGACAAGCACCCGACAGUUUAGCUUGACUCCCAGUGUUUUGAGGACAUGCAAGCAGUUGGAACAGGAGGGUGUCGACGUGCUUUACAAAGAGAAUGCAGUCGGAAUUACGUUCUUGUACCAAUUUUUCGAUGAAGAACAGUCAGACGUUGGAUUCUACUAUCGUUCAUACUGUUUAGGUGAGCCAACACUCGAGAAGGCGUUCCAGAGGUAUCCGAAGCUUAAGAAAAUCGAGAAAUGGCAUUGUAGGAUCCACGUGGGCACUACAACUCAGCCAGCAGAGCGAUCCUCGCUCUACAGCAUUCGGUACAUAGUCAGAGAGCUGAGACGCCUGCCUACACUCAGAGAACUUCAAGUAUCUUGGGUCAAUGCUGCAGCAGACGCGACCAAAACCGACUAUGCCCGGCUUCAUACUGCUGAGCACGCCAUAGCCUUCUUUCACUCCGUACCUUGCAAGACCUUCAAGGUGGAGACGGAUCAUCCUUUGAGAGAUGGCUUUAUUGAAGAAGUCCGUCGAUACCAGACUCAGAUCUCACAAGGUCCUUCCGAACAAUCUGCCGCUGUUAUGAAUUCCUCUUCAAGUGUUGCAGACUUUGUUUUCACGAUCAACCUGGAACUAGUUCGGGAGUACCUCGGCGUGACUCGCCGCCCUAUUACUUUAGAACUCCACAUGUAUCACGAAUUGACAGAGUUUCGUCGCAAGGUCGAAAUUGACAAAUGCUACGUAAAGCUCAAGGAAUUGUACGAAAUAACCAUCAAGGAGGUCAAAGUUGUUGCUGUGCCAUGCGAGCACAUAAGGGACGGAAGCAUGGGCACUUCCGAAUGGCUCCAGCACAAUCAGCAACUUCUGGAAAGGUUCAACGAUGAACUGGAGGGGGCAUUGAAGAACUUUCCGCACGUCGAGCAAGAGAAAGAGAGUCCUGUGCCAGCUAAGUGCCAUCUCUCAUCGCAAAGCUAG